AUGCCCGGACUCCCGGUCACACCCGCAGUCGCGCCCGUGGCCACGGACGGCAGCGGAGAGAUUUCAAAGUUGGAGCAGAAGAAUUCCAACAAUUCCAAUUCGCACUCGAGCGGAGCCGGGCAUGCUGUAGACAUCAUGACGACGCCCAAUACCCACGACCCGAACGUCACGUUCGAGGAGUAUCUCUACUGGGCGAGUAUCACGCGCUCUGAAGAACAGGAGGCGAAUGAGAAAUAUGUGCGAUCACGGGGACCUGUGACGCUGAAGAGCGUCAUAAAGGAUAGGUUCAGGAAGGGAGACGGGAAUGGACAUAGCAGCGACGCCUCGGAGACUGGGGCGGGAGAAAAGAACGGCAGCGACAAGGCUUUAGGUCCGUCUGCCGAGGGUACCGUUGGGAGUGCUACUCCCGAAGAGUGGAAGAGAGCGAGCAGGGCGAUGAGAACGGCGGGCUGGGGCGCCAUCUUCUAUCUCAUCACAACCGAUAUCCUUGGUCCCUUUUCAACGCCUUGGGCUUUUGCGCAGAUGGGCUACGGUCCUGGCGUGGCUCUCUACACCGUCUUCGGCAUCAUGUCUUUCUACUCCGGCUGGAUCCUCUACACGUCCUUUCUCGGCCUCGACUCCGAUCGCUACCCUCUAAAGGGCUACGGCGACCUGUACUUUCGCGUCUUUGGCUCCUGGGCGCGGCACGCCAUCAACUUCGCCCAGGGACUGCAGCUUCUUCUCUUCGUAGCUGUGCUGAUUCUCGGAAACGGGCAGUCCAUCUCGCAGAUCUCCAAGGGUUCCGACGGCGGCGCGGGGAUCUGCUUCGUUGCGUGCCUCGUUAUUUUCAUGGCUGCCGGUUUCAUUCUGGGCCAGAUUCGGACGCUGCAGAGGUUCUCGUGGAUCGCCAACUUGGCUGUCUGGAUCAACUUACUCAUCAUCUUCAUCUGCAUGGGCGUCGUCGCUCACUCUCCACCCAACUUCGCAGCAACAAAUGCCUCAUUCGGCGAUGCCUUUGGCCCCGGGCCCAUCCACACAUACGCCGGCACACCCCCGGACGGAAUGGCCUCCGGGGGCUCCGGGUUUUCGGCCUCCUUGAACGGACUCAACCAAGCAGUCUAUUCGUACGGUGGAUGCCUCAUCUUCGCGGCCUUCAUGUCCGAGAUGCGCCACCCCAUGGACUUCUGGAAGGCUCUCCUCUGCGGCGAGGUCUUCAUCUACUGCAUCUACCUCAUGUUCGGGAUCUACGUGUACUCCUUCCAGGGGCAGUACAGCUUCAACCCCAUCAUACAGGGACUGAGCCCAUACGCCUGGCAGACGGCGACGAACGUCCUGAGCCUCGUCACGGGGCUGAUUGCGGCCGCGCUGUACGGCAACAUCGGGAUGAAGGUGCUCUACGUCGAGUUCCUGCAGGGCGUGUUCGGCGCCCCUCCGUUGACGGAAUCCGCGGGCAAGAUGCUGUGGGCGGCCGUGAUCCCGGUGUACUGGGCCAUCGCCUUCAUCGUCGGGGCCGCGGUUCCGCAGUUCUCUCUCGUAUCGGGCUUUAUCGGCGCGCUGUUCAUCCUGUCCUUCACUUACACGCUCCCCGCGCUGCUGGGCCUCGGGUACUGGAUCCGAAAGGACGCGAUGCUGCCCGAGCUGGAACGGUUCGAUCCGGCAACAGGGGUGUAUGGAUACGUCGAUGUCGGCUUCAAGCGGUACUGGAGAGGUUUUAUGAAGAAGCCGUUGUUCAAUUCUUGGAAUUUCUUCUACAUGCUCGGCGGGAUGGUGACGACGGCCCUAGGCAUGUAUUCUUCUAUUGAGGGCCUGAUUGAGGCAUUUAACGGCAAGUCACAGGCAACGAGUUUCGGUUGCGGUAGUCCGGUGUGA